AUUCCUGCUCUUGGUUGGGUAUCAGUGAGUCCUACCCCAGCACCAUAUGUUAAAGAGAUGUUUGAUGCAGCUCAGUUCUACAUGAAUCGAGUCUUGAAGGACUUUAAAGAAAAAGAUAAGACGCAUGUGGAAUGGGUAAGCUGUCUCAAAGGUGCCCUUGCUGAUCUCCAGGCAUAUGUCAAAGCACAUCAUACAACUGGCCUGGUGUGGAGUAAAACUGGAGCAGUGGCCAAGGCAGGAGCUGGACCUGCAGCACCACCACCCCCUCCCCCUGUACAAGUGCCACCACCACCCCCAGUACAAGCACCAGCACCAGGUCAAGAUGCCGAGAGAGGAGCUGCUAAUGCCUUAUUUAGUGAGAUCAACAAGGCAGGCACAAACAUUGCUUCAGGUUUACGGAAGGUACGGGAUGACCAGAAGACUCAUAAAAAUAAAGAUUUGAGAAAGACAGGUCCAGUUCCUGAUAAGCCAAAACCUUCUGGUGGAGGUGCACCAAAGGCAGCUGCUCCUGUGAAGAAACCUCCAGUGUUUGAACUACAAGGAAAAAAAUGGAUUGUGGAAUUUCAAGAAGACAACCGAAACCUGGUUAUCUCUGAGCCAGAAACAUCUCAAACAGUUUACAUUUAUAAGUGUAACAAGAGUACAAUUCAAGUCAAGGGGAAAAUCAACUCCAUGGUCGUAGAUAGCUGUAAGAAAACAGCAGUGGUUCUCAAAGGAGCUAUUGGCACUGUUGAGUUUAUCAACUGCCAGAGUAUGGAGUGUCAGAUUGAUGGAAGUGUUCCAACUGUUUCAAUUGACAAGACUGAUGGUUGUCAAGUGGUGUUUCCAAAUGGUAUUGGCUCAACAGAGAUAGUGACAGCAAAGUCAUCUGAGAUGAACAUUUCGAUUCCUAAACCUGGCUCACAGGACUUGGCGGAAUACGCGCUUCCAGAACAGUUCAAGAGCACAUGGAAUGGCAAGACAUUUGUUACUACAUGCAGUGAAUCUCUUGGAUAAAUGACCGAGUUUAUCUAAACUUGGAUUUGCUAGGCUACAUGGUUAAAAACAAUUUUCAGUACGCACAAUCUAGUGACAAAAUAGCUUGCAAUAUGACCAUUACUCAGGAAUCCCUUUGCAAAAAUUUUAAGAUAAAUUGCAACAUAUCACUAGCGAGUUUCAGAGAGCUGUAUGCUGUUAUUCGAACAUGCAGCUAAAUCUUUUGCUCGUUGACUAACUUGAUCGUAGGCAUUAUAAAGUUGAUCUUAUCUUUAUAUAAAUUUUAGUAAUUAUUGUCGCAGUAGUUUUGUGAUUUUUGCUAGUUAAAUAAAAAUCUCAUUUCACUUGGAAAAGUGAUUUUUUUUUUUUUUCAAAAAUGUAAUGUUGUAUUGAUUAUUAGAGAUGAAGAGCUGCUUGUAUUUUUUGUAUUGCACGACAUUGUCAUUUUCAACGUCGAAUGCUAAUUAAUAAAGAAAAUAUUUUAAUUAGUUAUAA